CCAAAAAAUGUACAAAUUAAUUCCUACCAGAAAAAAAGAUGAGGAAAGGCUAACAGCUAAACCUUCAAGUUUGGAAUGGAAAUUAUUCUAAGUCCAAACUUUAUGUUUAACAAUUAACAUUGAAAAAUGACGUAGAAAUAUUUUAAAUCUCCAAAGUAGUAAUAAUAGUAUUGAUUUUCUAGUAGUAUUUCUUUAUAUUAUUACUACCACAACAAAGACAACCCAAAAAAAAAACAGAAAGUCUAAAAGUCCAAUGAAAUGAAACACCGGCAGUCUCAAACUCUCAUCUCCGCGCUCUUAAAAUAAAUAUUAUUUUUCCCGUUUCUUAUUCUACAGCGUUGAACUUGAACCCCACAAUCAAUUUGAAAGACGUAGAAGGAGAGGCUUAUUCCGUUACUCUCCUCUGCAAAUCCCCCCCAUAGCCAUAGGGCAAUCAGUAUCUUUAAACCCUAACCUGGUAACCCCUCAACAACAGAUGCUUCUCUUAACCCACUCUGGAAAACUCACUUCCCCACUCCUUUCUUCUCUCUCCCAACGUCCUCUCAGAUAUGCAGUUCUUGGUGCUGGUUUUGCUGGCCUCUCUGUUGCAUGGCAUUUACUCAAGGAGAGUCCUAAGGAUUUGCAUCUGCAAAUUGACUUGUAUGAUGAAAUGGGUAUUGGAGGAGGUGCUUCAGGAGUCUCUGGAGGACUCCUUCACCCCUAUUCUCCUAAAGUUAAGCUUCUAUGGAGGGGCGCCGAGUGUUGGAAAGAAUGUCUAAAGCUCUUAAGCAUUGCAGAACAAGCCGUUAGCUCCGAGGAAUUGGAUUCUGAAAAUGGAGAAUAUGGUCAAGAUUUUGGUGGGUUUAUAGUCCGGAGAAGGGGCAUUCUAAGACCGGCCACCAACAUGAAGACUUUGAAUGUAUUGAAUGAUAAUGCUCAGAACUGCCUUGCCAAUUGCAGAAUAGAGAUCAUUGAUAAGGACACUGCCCUAAAGCUUGUACCCCCUUUACAUAUGCCUUUUAACUUAGCUUUUUACAUGCCUGGGGCUGUAAAUGUGAAUUCUCAGUGUUAUCUCAAGGCACUCUUCUUAGCGUGUCAAAAUUUAGUGAAAGAAUUAUCUGCUUCUGGCUUUGGAGAGAAAAAGCUAUGUUUGCAGAAGAAAUCUGUUCAUGAACUCCGUGAAUUAGAAGGGGAAUAUGAUGCUGUGAUAAUAUGCCUAGGUGCCAAAGCUGACUUGCUUCCAGAGCUUGCAGGGAGGCUUCCUUUGAGGACAUGUAGAGGUGUUAUUUUGCACCUGCGACUGCCUGAUAAUAUAGGGGAAUAUUACCCGGACCAUGGACCCUCAAUAUUGUCAGAUGCAUGGCUUGCUAUCCAAGGGAACCGUAGUUUGUAUAUGGGUUCAACAUGGGAAUGGAAGUCAAGAAAUUCUUCACCAAGUGUCUCAACAGAUGAAGCUUCCAAUGCUCUUCAACAGCUUCUACCUAAGGCAUCUGCUGUUUAUCCAGGGAUAACGAGCUGGACUUUUGCAGGAGCAAGGGCAGGUUUGAGGGCAAUGCCGCCUCUCACUCCUAAUGGAUCCCUUCCGCUUUUGGGAUGUGUCAACAAUUUUUUAGGUGAUAAUCUUAAAUGUAAAUAUUGGUUACUGGGAGGGCUUGGUUCGAGAGGUUUGUUGUAUCAUGGUUGGCUGGGUAAGUUGACGGCUGAGGCCGUGCUCUUUUGUAAUGAACAAAUAAUCCCUUCUGAACUAACCUCAUGGAAUAAAAAACAAUAAUUGAAUGUCACUUUUGGUAUAAUUCUGUGUUGGCUGGCUUUUCGAACAUAAUUUGAUCAACGAAAGUGAAUCACUCUUGAAAGAGUAAAAGAGCAUCAU